GUCCAUCCACCCAUCCUUCACUCGCACAUCUGCUCAUCUCCCAAGCCCUUAGCCACGCCUCCCCCCCAGCCUCUGCCUUCUGCCUGCAUCGCCCACGAUGGCCGAGGACACGUCAGAGCAGAAGCUCAUCCGAUAUUCCAAGCCUUUCCUGAUGAUCCUCAGAGAGUCGCCGCUUGUGGAUGCUCCAGAGGGCCUGCCUCCGCCGGAAUUCUUCAUCGAACGGCUCAAGCCCGACACAAAGCCCAAGUCUAAAGAUCGUAGCGACGAGGACCCAGAGCGGCCUGCAUCGGCAAAACCGGCUGCCCCGUCACGAACGCCAAGUGCCGCCGACAAAACCAUCGUCUUUGGCCCGCCCAAGAUGAUGAGCUUUGCCUCGUCUCAACAGUCGGCGCCCAAUAGGCUGCCCGACACUGAUCCCAAGCUCUCGAUCGGCACAAGGACAACCAAUCCGUUUGCCCGACCCAAGUCAACCCCCUUGGCCCAGAAGCGCACCAGCGGAGAUGAUGAGAAAGAAGCCGUGGCACCGCCGUCUCGAAGUAAACCGGAAGGCAGCCUGCUAUCCGAUAAGCGGCCGGGCAUGCGCGAUGCUGAGUCAAAGGGCCGAAAACCCGAUGAAUUUGACCGCGAACCUUCGGGCAGCGCAGAUUCAAGACUCGCAAACAGCUUGCGGGAUCGCCGCAGAGGUCCAGAUGCAGACGGAAAAAGCCCUCGCCGAGAUGGCGAUAAACCGGGUCGUCCGGGCCAAGGCGAGCGGUCGGGAUCAGGACUCAAAGAUGCUUCGGGCAAGCUGUCGCGAGACUCUGAUCGCUUGCCAUCCAAGAAUCGGGCAGAUUCUUCUGCUGGGGACUCGUCAAAUCCUGACGGAAAGGAGUCGGCGCCCGUUCGAGACUUUGCCAACAUGCGUGCCCCACGCCCCGAUAACCUGGCCCAGCGAAGCGGCCUGCAGCGUCUGGGUGGAUAUGAUCGCCCCAAUCUUGGUGGCGACCGUCGUCGGCCUCGCGAUGCAACACCGGAGUGGAUGGACGAGCCCAAGCCUGAGGCGCUCGAAGACGGCGGUGUCGGUAGCGACCCCUUGAAGGGUGGAAUGUUUCAUAGCGGAGAAGAUGUCAUUCAAAAGUUCAAGGCCCAGAUGAGGAUACAGGAGCGUCUAAGCAACAAGGAACCUUUGAAAGCCGGCUCCUCGCAAGCACCCGCAACAGAGGAGAAGAACGGCGCAGCGUCAUCGGCCCAGCCGGCGGCUCCGUCGUCUUCAAACAAUGCCCUGGUGGACUCGACUACAUCGACAUCCAGCUUGACGGAAGCCGCGACCUCGUCGCCAAAGAGGGCGUCGGCUGGCGGCCUGCUCGGCACGGAGACAGAGGAGGUUGUCGUUCAGUCCAUCUUCUCGUCCGGCAUCGACAUCAACGGUGCCCAGGCGGAGCCACGGCCGAAUCCUGGUCAAGGAGGAUCAAAGUUCUCAAAGUUUUUUAGACGCACCGACGAGGGAGCAGCGCCGGCCACAGAGCCAUCACCACAACAUCCCGCAGCGCGCUCUGCUCAACCGCCGGAUGCCGGUACGCCAAUCGACUUUUUGCAGCUGCUUCAGAAUCCUCGAGGCCUUGCUCCAAGCGCCGGACUCGCCGAUCUGUCGCGAGCCUCGCCAGUGCCCGCCCAGUCCCGGCGGCUGCCCUCGGAGCUUCCUGCCGGCAAGCGGAUGAUGUCUGAGGAGGAUGUGCUGAUAGCUAUGGGCGCUUACCCCAAGCGGAGUGUCGCCGAUGAGGGCACUGUCGAGAACGCACACUCCUUCAAACCGCCGUAUUCCAAGGAUAUCAAACAGGACCCGGCCGAGUCGAUCCGAAAUCUACUGCAAAACACCCAGACGAAACAGCUGGGUCCGCCUGCGCUGUCGUCCCAUCCAGCCCAGCCCGAUGUCCCAGUGUCGGUCAGUCUCGGUACCGAGUCUGGGGCUGCCUCUCUCAAAUCUACCAUAUUGGGAGGACCGAGCUCGCUUGGUCAGCCGUACCCGACAUCACAGCCUCCGCUUCGGAUGAUGACAGAACAGGACAUACUGCAGUCGCUCGGUGCGGCACAGCUACCGCAGCAGCCGUCAGCGCCGUCAGCCCGUGACGAUGAGCAGGGGUUCAGCCGAGCUAUGGCAAUGCUAGCGCGAUCGAAUGCGUCACAGCCUCCGGCUAUCCCCUCUUCAAACGGAGCUUCUAUGCACUCUGGUACCCCUCCCCCGCUCAGUGUCAAUCUCCCCGUGAACGCCAUGCAUCAGAGUCGUCUGUUGGCCGAGAGCCAAACCGGGCCACUCUCUCCAGGACACCCCAUGCAAAUUCUAUCCAAGGGCUUGCCAGGAAGCUUCCCCGGCCCCAGCCAGGCGGGUUUCCAUCCACAGCACAACCCUAUGGGGCCACCCCCUCCCCGUCCGUACCCAUCACAGUUCCCAAGCCACGGUCCGCAUCACCAUCAUCAGAUGCUGCUGGAGCAGCAGUACCUCCUCGCCAGCCACGGUCAGAUCCCUGGAGUCGACGUUGGGCUUGUGAUGCGCCCUCCCAUGCAGCCGUCGUCCAUGCCGCCACCACAGCAAUCGCAUAUGCAGGGACAGCACCUGCCAAACCAGUAUGGUCCCAGUGUAUCGGGAGCCGAGGAUCCCUCGAGUCAGUUGGCAGCCAUGGUGCAGAACAGCAUCAAGGCCAAGAAGAUUGGACAGGCGUCGGCGGUGUCGUCCUCGCCGAUGAACGUCUACAAGCGCAUGGAUGUCGGAUCCCCAGGACCUGAGCCUCGCCCGGGUAUGAUGAUCCCGCCGGGUUACUUUGUUCCCAACUUCCCCGGAGGGGUGAUGAACGGCCGACCCUUCGACCAGGGAUCGGCACUGCCCAUGGGUCCCCGGCCCCCCUUCAUGAUGGAUGGCCCUAUGCCUCCAAUGGGUCCCAACCAAUUCGUUCCGCCUCAUCCAAUGAUGCACGGGCCCAUGAUCCCGCCUCACGGCCCAAACGGGAUGAUCGGUAACCCGCCUUAUCCCGGAGGCAUGCCACCGUCGCCGUACGGUGCGCCGUCGAUGGGUCAUCCUGGCCACGGAAAGUAGCUCGGCGGCGGUGAAAGGCUGAAUCAGGGUGCGAGCUCUUUCUCUGCGAGACCCAAGCGAUCCGGCUCCUGACGGGAUGGGCUCUCGGCCUGGACCAGUUGAUCGACUGGGCAGCUUUGCAAAUGAACUCGAGAUGUGUUUGGCCAGGAUUUGCCUGGAUUGACCUGCAUUCCCCCCCCCACCUCUCCCUCUCUCUAUCUCCCUUCCAUUUUGCACUCUCAU